GAUUGCUUUAUAUAUAACCACAUCUUCACCUCUCGUUUUUAUUACUACCUCACUUCCUAAUAUUCUUUUCUCUUCUCUACUUUCCUCUCUUUCACUCCUUCAUUCAUAUCUAUAUAUAUCUACACACAAAAAAAUCAUAUCACUUUUUCUUCUCUAUCUUCAAACUAAGUUGAUUAAAGAGUUGCUAAUUCUAUUUGUAUGGAUGGAUUCUUCUAGUGAACAACAACAUCAGCAAAUGUCUAACCAGUCAUUGGAGAGCAUGUUAACAUGUUCAAAAGGAGAACAAGACAAAAAGGCAAAACCUCAACCAGAAGCUCUAAAAUGUCCAAGAUGUGACUCAAGCAACACCAAGUUUUGUUACUACAACAAUUACAGUCUUUCGCAACCAAGAUAUUUCUGCAAGUCGUGUAGGAGAUAUUGGACGAAAGGAGGUACAUUAAGAAAUGUUCCUGUUGGUGGGGGGUGUAGAAAGAACAAAAGAUCGUCGUCGUCGGUGUCAAGAAGAAUUCAAGAUCAAGCAUUUGUAAACAAUCCGAAUCCGGUCACUUGUUUCCCUUCGUUGUCUUAUGAUUCAAAUGACCUCACUCUUGCUUUAGCUAGGCUUCAAAAGGGUCAACUUGGGUUCGAUCAUGAACAUGAUUUUUCCAUUUUAGGAAACCACGCCAACUCAAACAUAAACAUAAACACAAACACCUCGUGUGCUGUUCUAAACAAUCAUGGUAUGAACCAUUCUUCCAACAAUCAUGGUUUCUUUGAAGCACUUAUGGGAUCUCAGAACAAUGUGCAGAAUCUGUACUACGGAUAUGGGAAUAGGGACAUGGGGGAAGUGGAUAAUGGCAAUGUUAGUGGUGAGAUGACGUUGCCUUAUGACCAUGAAAUGAGCAUUGCAACAACUCAAGCAGUGACAGUAACUACCAUGAAACAAGAAAUGUGUAAUGUUAGGGAACAGAAUGAAAGUAGGGUUUUGUUAGGUUUUCCAUGGCAGUUCAAUAAUGGAGAUUCAAACAUGGAUGAAAUUGAUCACUCAGGAAGAGCUGGGUGGAAUGGUCUCACUUCACCUUGGCAUGGCCUUCUCAAUAGCCCCCUAAUGUAGACACCGCCGCAGUUUCAGGUCACCGUUUUAAAUUUCUGUUGCAGACCGUAAUUUAAAACCGUCGUCACAAUACUUAGUUUGAUCAUGGAGGGAUUUAAUUCUCUUUUGUUGUAUCACCUCAAUUUUUAUUUUUAGUUUGUUUAUUUUUAUUUAUGUGUUUUUUUUAGCAUCUUGUUAAAUUGUCAAAAUUUUGUACUACUAGUGUUUUUUAAUUGGUGAAGUGAAUAGACUAAUGGAAUUGAGAUGUUUUGUUAAGCAAGUCAAUGAAGUUGGAGAGAAGUAGAUAA